AUGCAUGAACUUAUCAGCCAUUCAUUUUUGUCUAAUAUAUGUUUGUUUGCAACCGACUUUUUUGAGAUCAAACUUGUAAAGGAAAUUGAGCCAGCAUUGAAAAAACAGCUUGUUAUUUCAACAGUACUGAUGACUGUUGGAAUUGCAAUUGUUAGUUGGAUAGCACUCCCAUCUACCUUCACCAUCUUCAAUUUUGGAGAGCAGAAAGUUGUCAAGAACUGGCAGCUAUUCUUGUGUGUUUCUGUUGGUCUUUGGGCAGGGCUUAUCAUUGGAUUUGUUACUGAAUACUAUACCAGCAAUGCAUACAGCCCUGUGCAAGAUGUUGCUGAUUCCUGCAGGACUGGUGCUGCUACCAAUGUUAUCUUUGGUCUUGCCUUGGGAUACAAGUCUGUUAUCAUUCCAAUUUUUGCCAUUGCAAUUAGUAUUUUUGUAAGUUUCAGUUUUGCUGCUAUGUAUGGUGUUGCUGUUGAUGCACUUGGAAUGUUGAGUACUAUAGCAACCGGAUUAGCCAUCGAUGCAUAUGGUCCAAUCAGUGACAAUGCCGGAGGUAUUGCUGAGAUGGCUGGAAUGAGUCACAGAAUUCGUGAGAGAACCGAUGCUCUUGAUGCUGCAGGAAACACAACUGCUGCCAUUGGAAAGGGGUUUGCUAUUGGUUCUGCCGCCCUUGUGUCUUUGGCCCUUUUUGGUGCCUUUGUGAGCCGUGCUGGUGUUACAACCGUCGAUGUCCUGACUCCCAAGGUUUUCAUCGGUCUGAUUGUGGGCGUCAUGCUCCCUUACUGGUUUUCUGCCAUGACCAUGAAGAGUGUCGGAAGUGCAGCAUUGAAGAUGGUUGAGGAAGUUCGCAGGCAAUUCAACACGAUUCCUGGAUUGAUGGAGGGAACUGCGAAACCUGACUAUGCCACAUGUGUGACAAUCUCCACCGACGCUUCCAUCAAAGAAAUGAUCCCACCUGGUGCCCUUGUUAUGCUAACACCCCUUAUUGUUGGGAUCUUUUUUGGUGUUGAAACACUUUCUGGUGUCCUUGCCGGAUCAUUGGUUUCUGGUGUACAGAUUGCCAUCUCUGCAUCCAACACUGGCGGUGCUUGGGAUAAUGCCAAGAAGUACAUCGAGGAACAUCCCACGUCUUUAAUCAAUUUAGGCACACCUUCACAUUCAAAAGCAACUUCACGAAGCAAUGCGAGCUGCUACCGAGGCUGCAAAAGCUGCUACCGAGACUGCACAAAGGAUGGAGAGGGAGAUGAAUGCUUGGAAGGAAUUUAUGAUGAAGAAAUUUGACACUUCAACUUUUGUAUCACAUUCUCAUCAUUAUGAUGACGAUUUGGAUGAUCAAUCAUUAGAUGAAGAUUGAUCUUGUACUUUUAGUAGAACGAAUUAAUCUCGGAUGUGAUUACUUUUUGUGUAUGUUUUUUGAAAGUUAAUGUGGGUAGAACUUUUGUAGUUACUUUCACGAAUGUUUAAAAUUGUUUCCAAAUGUUUUACCAUAAAUA